AUUGGCCGGGGGGCGGGGCCGGCGGGGUUUUCUCCCGGGCUGGGCUGACGGCCGCGGCCGGGAACUUCGGGAGCGUGCGGGCGCCGGUGGCCGUGCGAGCGGCAGGCAAGCAAGAUACUGUGCUGUUAUCCCAUUGUCAUAGUUGAUUUCACUCUACAAAUCAAGAUUCCUACUGAAGUGAAAGUGUCAGUUGUGAUAAUGACAACUGAAGUUGGUUCAGAGACUGAAGUAAAGAAGGAUUCUGAGCAGCUGGGGCCAGACAAAGCCAAGGACAAGCCUGAAGAAGCAUCAGAGACUCCAGGAGAUCAAAAGUCCAGGGAAACAUCCUCUGGAGAAGCUCAAGAUUCUUCUGUUCCAGCACCAACUAACCAAAGUAGUCCAAGUAGCCAGAAGAAGGAAAAAUCUUCACCUGAAAGCAAGGGUAUUUCUCGUUUCCUUCCCCCUUGGCUUAAGAAACAAAAGUCAUACACCUUGGCAGAGCCCAAAGAUGAGCCCAAGAAGAAGGCCACAGGGGAAGAGCAAGUAGUUGAAGAAAGUGAAAGCCAGGCACUAGAGGGGGUGGCUCAGCCAAGAAAGAGCUUGGAAGAAGCAACUGAAAACCGACAGAAUGCUAAAGCAGGUGACAGAGAAAAACACUCCAUUAGUAGUGCUGAAAUACAGCCUUCCAAAGAAGAUGGUAAAGAAACAGAAGUAGAGGAAGUUGCAGAGAAAAAGGAAGAAAAACAAGAAGAAAAAAGGGAGACAAAAGAAGUGCAGACAGCUGAAAUUAAAAUAGAUAACAUUCCUCAGAAGUCUCCAAAGAAAAUCAAAACUGUGCAGUGUAAAGUGAUGCUUCUGGAUGGCACAGAAUACAGCUGUGACCUAGAGAAAAGAGCCAGAGGACAAGUGCUGUUUGAUAAAGUAUGUGAACACCUCAAUUUACUGGAAAAGGACUAUUUUGGGCUGUUGUUUUAUGAGAAUUCAGAACAGAAGAACUGGCUAGAUUCUUCAAAGGAAAUUAAGAGACAAAUUCGAAGUUUACCUUGGAUAUUCACCUUUAAUGUGAAGUUUUAUCCCCCUGAUCCAUCACAGUUGACUGAAGACAUCACUAGGUAUUUCUUGUGCCUACAGCUUCGACAGGAUAUUGUAUCUGGCCGGCUGCCCUGUUCUUUUGUGACUCACGCCCUCCUUGGUUCAUAUACCCUGCAGGCUGAGCUGGGUGAUCAUGACCCAGAGGAGCACAGCAGUGAUUAUAUCAGUGAAUUCCAGUUUGCACCCAAUCAGACUCAAGAAAUGGAAGAGAAAGUGGCUGAGCUACACAAAACACACAGGGGUUUGACUCCAGCACAGGCGGAUUCCCAGUUCCUAGAAAAUGCUAAGAGACUCUCCAUGUAUGGAGUGGAUUUACAUCAUGCCAAGGAUUCUGAAGGUGUGGAUAUCAUGCUGGGUGUAUGUGCUAAUGGUCUGCUGAUUUACAAAGACAGACUCCGGAUCAACCGCUUCGCUUGGCCAAAAAUUCUGAAGAUUUCCUACAAGCGAAGUAAUUUCUACAUCAAAGUCAGGCCAGCAGAACUGGAACAGUUUGAGAGCACUAUUGGGUUCAAACUGCCAAACCAUCGGGCUGCUAAAAGGUUAUGGAAGGUUUGUGUGGAGCACCAUACUUUCUUCAGACUUCUAUCACCAGAACAGCCUCCCAAAGCGAAGUUCCUGACCUUGGGUUCCAAGUUCCGCUACAGCGGCCGUACGCAGGCGCAGACACGACAGGCCAGCAGCCUCAUAGACAGACCAGCUCCUUACUUUGAACGCACUUCCAGCAAACGUGUUUCCAGAAGCCUUGAUGGAGCUCCCAUGGGUAUUUCAGACCAAAGUCUUGUAAGAGACUUCUCUGCUACUGGAGGGCAGGCUGCUGGAGAUAAAAUUAUUGAUCUUGAAGCUGCUGGUCGGGCCAAGUUAAAAGAAGGUGGCAGAGAAGAAGAUGAAAGUCCACUCAAAACUCCACAAUUAGAAUUUACUCAGGAUGGAAAGAAUUCUUUUCUUCAGCUUACUCACAUACACCCGUCAUCACUGCCCAUCCAUCCUGUGUCAUCCCAUCUCACAUACUUGUCACCUGUCCCGGAGAUCGACAUGCUUUCAGAUAUUUCAGAGGAAGAUCCCUUUGAAGAGCCCCUCCUUACCAUUCCAGACAUUUCAGAGUGCAGUUCCAUGGAACAAACAUCAGAUCAUAAGAAAACCGGAACAGCUUCACCAAUUAAUUCCUUGGAAUUGAGACCCCUAGCUAGUCGAGGCUCCCCUGCUGUUGAGGGAAAAAUCCGUACAAAUGACUACAAAAGCACUGAGUUGUGUGUGUCAUUCAGCUUCUUCCGAUGCCUUUCUUUUAGUUUUCGUUCUUUGCUUGAUGAGGAUGGCUAUAUUACUUUUCCUAGCCUUCCUGAUGUUUGCAUUUCUUUCCUCCCACCUGGCCUUCAGCACUAUAUUCCUAUUACCUCUCCUUCCUUCAUCCCCUCUUUUCUCCUUGUCUUUGUCCUGCUUCUGUCUGCUUUCCAGUCUAUUCCUUUUUCACUCACAUUUUCCCUUCCUCUCGCUCUGUCCCUCUGCUACCUGGAGCCUAAGGUGACUUCCUUUAGUAGCUCUAGUGGCAAUGACCUGAAUGACAAAGCAGAGGAAGAGGAGGUGGAAUACGAAGAGGAGGAAGCACAGCAGAAGAUCAGUUCCUUGAGAGUAGACGGGGAAAAUAUUUAUGUCAGACAUAGCAAUUUAAUGUUGGAGGACCUGGAUAAGACCCAGGACGACUUACUGAAACACCAGGCUAGCAUUAGUGAGCUCAAGCGCAAUUUCAUGGAAUCCACACCCGAACCACGCCCAAAUGAGUGGGAAAAGCGGCGUAUCACACCUCUGUCCCUACAGACACAAGGGAAAAAAGGAGACCACAUUUUCCAAGUGAAAACACUGCCUGGGAAGGAGAAACAAUGGAUUCCAAUGCCAUGGAUUGCUGGAGCAAAACCAGAGGAAACUGAUAAGAGCCUGGAAGAGGAGAUUGCGUCCAUUUUGUUUAGUAAGGAGCGCUUCGGCGCCGGCACCAGCGGGCCCUUCGCCGCCGCCAGCCCGGGGCCAGCAGAGGGCGCUGCGGGGGAGCAGACGGGCGCCGCCGCGCCGGGGCCCCAGAGACAUGCUUCCAGAGCAGAAGGUCCUUGUACUGGAGUCAGCGAUGCUGAUAAGAGUUCACAUGAGACUCUGGACAUAGUGGAGGAGAAGAAGCAGGCAGAGUUUGGGAUAGAAGAAACACUAGUCGUAGACGAAACCAACAAAGGGAAAAUGCAAGUUGCCACUGAUGCUGGCGAGACAUGUAAGGUGGAGCACGUGUCAAAAAAGGACUCUUCAUCAUUGCCAUCAGAUAGUAGCAGCAGCAGCAGUAGUAGUGAGAGUGAGGAUGAAGAGGUGGGAGAAUACCAUCCACAUCAUAGGGCAAUUGAGGAAGUCAUCAGGGAAGAACAGGAAGACGAGGAAGACAUGAAAAGGAAAGAACAUGAAGAAAAUACGCAGCAUGUGGAAGCCAUACCAGAAGGCAGUAAACCAGUACCAGUUGAGCACACACAAGUUACAGUUGAAGAUUUGGUCCACGAAAAUACAAUUACUGUAGCUACAGAAGAGAAGAAUUUGUCAGAGCAAAUUAAGCAAGAUGUAGGUGAAGAAAAAGAGGAGGAACAGCUGAAACUCAAUGGAGAUGUGUCUCAUGUUGACAUUGAUGUUGCACCACAAUUAAUUUGUUGUUCUGAGCCUCCAGUAGUGAAAACAGAGAUGGUAACCAUUUCAGAUGCCACACAGAGAACUGAAAUCUCAACUAAAGAAAUUCCAAUUGUUCAAACAGAAACUAAAACUAUCACAUAUGAAUCUUCACAGCUUGAUGGCAAUGCUGUUGGUGAUACUGGUGUGCUGGUGAGUGCACAGACAAUUACAUCAGAGUCCAUUUCUACAACCACAACUACACACAUCACAAAGAUGGUAAAAGGUGGAGUAUCAGAAACAAGAAUUGAGAAACGCAUUGUCAUUACUGGAGAUGCAGAUAUUGACCAUGAUGAGGCCCUAGCACAGGCAAUCAAAGAAGCCAAAGAACAGCACCCUGACAUGUCUGUGACAAGAGUGGUGGUGCACAAAGAAACUGAACUUGCUGAGGAAGAUGAAGACUAAAAUCAAAAAUGCCCUCAAGCAAAUACUUCAGAAAUAGAAAUGUCACUGACCACGAAGAACUGUAGUCAUUCCAAGACAUCAUGACUCCGCUGAAUCCACCAGGCCUAGCAACAAUGACCAGAUGUUCACGACUUCAAUGCCAAUACCAAACUCCAUUUUAACAUCUUUGGUCUAUAUUCCCUUACAGUCUAUCUUGUUUUUUUAUAACCACUUCUUAACAAUCUUAGAGUUUUCGGGUUUUUUAAAAUGAAUUUCUAGAGGGUAUGAUCUUCUUUCGCACAAAUACUUGUAUUUUUGAAACCGAUUCUUAAUUAUAUGAAAGUGAACAAAAGAAGUCUGGAAAUCAUUGUUCACUGGAACAGGUGGUAAUUGUGCAGGAAGGAGGAUCUUUACUAAUUUAGAUAUAGUUUUUUUCAGAUAUUUCAAGUGAAAUCUCUUACUGGAGUAAUUUACAGAAUUUUUUUCAGAUUAUUCAGGUAAAUAUAUGAUAUCACAUAAUGAAGUUUUUUAUAAAAAUAAAACAUUUGCUAAAAUUUGAAAAAAUAUAUUUCUUUGGAUAAAUUUUAUACUGGUAUCUCUGUAACUCUUUCUUUUCCAAGGUUCUCCUCUCUGCGGAGCAGAGAUGGUGUGGCAGUCUGUAGAGGAGAAGGAGUUGCAGACAGAUUUCUUCUGACUGAGCACUGUGUUCUUUUUGCACUUUGGUGCCAAUGCUCAACUUUUUGCAGACUUUUUGCUGUCUGCAGCAUUCCAGAUAAGGAAAGAAGGAAGAACAAAAUAUCUUUCUCUUUUUCCAACAAGAGAUGAUCUAGGCAGCUUAAAACCGUAGUGCUUUUUUGUUUUCUUACUGUGUCCCAGUUCCAAUACUUCCACUAUUUGGAUACAUGUGUAGAAUGCUCGCUUGCUAUUAAACCUCACUGUGUCUCCAUGUUAGAACUGACAUUUCUGUUACAGAGAAGGUAUAUGUUUCACAUGCUUCCUCUAAUGGUUAAUGCAGGUUUUUAGGCUACUGAAUAAAAGAUGUAAGAUGAACUCCACUUGUAAAGUAGUACGAGAGUACCAUCAGUUGAGACUGCCAUGGCAAAAACCUGUUAAUUAUAUUGGGGUUUAUUUUUCAUUUGGUCUUGCUGCAGGGUUGUUUGGUUUUUUGGUUUUUGUUUGGUUUUUUUUUUUUUUUUUUUGUUUUUGACUCUGUUUAUAGUUAAAAUGCCAAAUUAGGUUUAUAGUAGCUUGAAGUUGUAUUAAGUGAUAUUUUGCUUUCUGUAAUUCUGUUAUAAAAUAAAGUUGUUUAUUCUCUGUA